GCUCGAGGGGAGACAGUAGGCGUCGCCUCGGAAAUCGGCUCGAAAUGUGCCACUAAUUCCGAGCACUGACCUAGAGAAAGCGUCACACGAAAAUCGACGGCAUGGCCUCUCUCAGGUUUCUCUCUGCUUAAGGAAUUCAGCCAAUAUACCUGCUCGUAGUGUAGUAGGGGAACGUAUGUUAGUGAAAGACACAAGAUUUACGCCAUUUUAGUAUCAAGUUAGUAGCUCGAACAGCAGGAACACGCCACACGCGCUGUUGCGACCUGCAGAAACGUAUUAAAUGCAAUUCCAUAGCAUACAUUCCAAAUAACACGUUUUUACCACUGUGAAAUUUUUUAUUGAUUGUGAUUUUUAACAAAAAUUUACAAAUUAGAAAUGAAAAAAGAACACAUCGACCAUGCGGUCACCCUCAUUCAAGUCGUAACCUUGCCGAACGUUUCUUGAUCUGUAAGACUACUGCAAAUUGAUGCCUGAUGAUCUGUGAACACGUUAACAUAUGUAUAUCGAGCCAAUAUAUGUUAUUGAAAAAAUGAAACAUAUAAUUAAAGCAUUUAAUCAUUAUUUUAUUAAGAAAGCCUUUUGCAACUUAUGACGCACUUUCAUGACCAUCGUCCUUCCUCUAUCUGCAUAAAAUUUCAAACACAGACAGUGGAUGAACAUUUAAAAUUACUCUUAGAAGAUAAUAGUGUGAUCGAUUCCGAAGCAACUGAUGUAACAUCCAAUGAUCUUCCAGAAUGGUAUAAUGAAAAAUUGUAUAAAGAAGGUCAAAAAUAUUUUAAGCGAAACAUAAUGUCGUUAAUAGCGGCAUGCACAGUAGGACUUAUUCUAGUAUUUUCAGUUGAAACAAUAUUGAAGGUGCUUGUCUACACAAAACGAAGUAAUUCGAUUUGUUCGGCUUUUAAAAGAUAUAUAGAAACUGUAGUACACGCAUACAACUUAUGUAUACAUGAUUCAAAUGAUUCAAAGUCCAAGUGGUACAAAUCAAUGAACGCAAUUCGUUGGCAUCAUAAAAUAGGAUCCAAAAAAUCAAAGAAUGCUGGUAUUGGAGAAAUUUCUCAAAGAGACAUGGUUCUUACUCAAUAUGGUUUCAUGGGACUUGUUUACGUUGCGCCUAAGUCUUUUGGACUGUGCAAUACACUGGAAGAAGAAGAAGCAUUUAAUCAUUUCUGGCGUGUAAAUGGAUACAUGCUAGGAAUCUUUGACAGAUUUAAUUUGUGUCGCAAAACAGCAAAGGAAACAACUGAAUUGUGUCAGAAGAUCAAAAAUCUAUAUGCCAUUUAUUUGACUAAAACUUCACCUGAGUUUCAUCAAAUAACGUCAAAUGUAUUAGAUGCGUUAUGGUAUAUUGAUAUCACCCUGAAUAAAGAUUCUUUUAUGGCAUUCGCCUAUGAAUUACACGGUGUUCCAUAUAAAAAGCUUGGAUGGUAUAGUUGGUUAAACAAGAAAUACCGUGCAGGACUAUUUUAUCUGUGUCUUGUCCCUUAUAUUGGAGCAGUAGUAAGAACAUGCAAUAACUACUUGGCCACAUUUAUAAUUUGGAAUUCGCAUAAUUUUCCUAUACUUGCGUGGUUGAAAUUUGGAAAAAAUAAUGUUCGAUUUAACCUUUAUCCUAAUCUUAAAUAAUAAUAUUUUUAACUUACUAACAAUUUAUUACUUUUAUAAAGUUGAAACAAAUGUUUUGUUUGAUUAUACACUCGAUAACAAAAUUAAAGCUUCACCUAUUCUGAUUCUUAAAAAUAAACGAAAUUAAAGAGAGUGUAACUUUGUCAAAAAUUAUAAAAAAAAAAACUUUUAUUAGUUUAAAAAAUAAUGUAAUUAUUGAAUUAUUUUAAUAUAAAAAACAUUUUGAUUAAUUCCUGUUUUCUUUCAGUUUUGUAAAAUAGACAUUAAAUAUAUAAAACAUAAAGCAUAAACAAUAUUUAAUUGCUAAGGAAGCAACCAUAGACGAACGCUUAUAAACGUUAAUAAUUAUCUGAACAAUUAGACAAUUUUAAUGAGAAUCUAAUACUGACGGAAUAUAAUUUUUUUCAACACACUUUCUAAUUGCCAUUACAGAUUUAAAAGUUUACAAAUUAAAAGUUUUCUACAAUUAUAAUGUAUAGACACUAACAAAGAAAUCUACGGAAGUGUCCUUCGAUUUUGAUGAGCUUUAUAUGUUGUAGACUUAAUCAAAGUAAGUACAUUUUUUGUAUGUGUCCUAACGCACUUUUAGGAGAUGAAAUAUCCCUCUUUGAAGAAAAUCAGUUUUUUCUUUAGAUGCGAAAUGUGAAAUCGUCGACACUAUGAAAAAUAGAAAAAAAGUAUUCUAAAUAAAAGUUGAAUGGCUUCAAAA